UAUUUUUUACCAUCGACAUUGACCAUCGACAGACGAUUUGAUGCAAUCAUGGCAACAAAUAACAAACCUGAAGAUGCUCUGAAGACUCUAAAAAUACUAGUAAAAUCCACGACAGAUCUUAUAUCCCAAUUCGAAGCCUUACUCCAUUCCAUAGCAGUUAAUAACGCCUCCGAAGCCACUUCUACGACCCCGCCAUCAUCAUCAUCUUCACCCUCGAAUACCGAAUCGAUCGAUCCUCUAUCCUUAGCCCACGACUCUGCCACCCUAGUCAAAGCGCAUACCACCAAAUUAUCCCUUCUCAUUAUAAAUGAGCCCUUUACUCCUUCUGCUAUUAGCAAGGUUCUUCGUGAACUAGUAGCCGGUCCGAUUCCAGCACUUGCUUCCUCCGUUCAGCUUUGCGAUGCCAACAAAUACACUAUUGUGGCCCGACAAGAUCUAGCAUGGCGAUGUUAUCGUGUUUUGAAAGAGCUAAAAGGACUCGUCGAAAUCAUACCUCUAAACGGGAAGAUUUUACCCAAUGCGCAAAAGAAUGGUAGUAAAGGAGAUAAGGGUAGUAUGGUCGCUACCGGUGUUGUAUGGGCUGCUUGUGAUGAUGUAAUUCUCCUCAAGAAGUUGGGAAUCGCUGGAUUGCUCGUCAAAAAGGUUGAAGAAUAUAGAGACACCUUGAAGGACAUCCUAGAAGAAUUAAAGGAAUAUAGCGAAGAAGUAGACGAUGAUGAUGACGAUGACGACGAAGAUGGUACCGAUAAUACCAACCAAGAAGAAAACCAAGCCAAUCAUAUUACGGACCAAAUACAAAAUACCCACAUUUCAACGCAAGAAAUGCUCGACGACCUCAUGAACCCACGACAUAUACCCAGAGGUGACCCAGAUAAAAUCCGAGAACGUUUAGAAUCAUGUCUCAAACGAUUACGAUUAACAACUUUACUCUAUACUGCUAUCAUCAAGAGGCGAUUAAAAGCGAUGCCAUCCCUACCUAGUACAACACAAUCCACGGUAACGCAACGUCUUGAUGAAGUACUCCCGUUGCUCAAGAGACUACCCCAUCGAUUUGGCGAGGUUGCAUGCGCAUUUUACGAACUCGAUCGUGAUACUAUAGACCGUGCUAUGGAUUCUUGCUUUUUCGAUGCAUUCGCGGCAUCAGAAAUGUUGAUGAAACCAUGGGAAGGUCAAAGGGAUGAGUUUACAGACUGGGCAGAGAAAUUUCAAGUCGGCAUCAAGAAACCGGAUUAGUUAUAUAUACUGGUCAAUAAAAGGAACAAAAUAUAUACAUCAAAU